CGUAUUUGGUGCUGUCGUGAACGUAUCUAAGCCAUCUUUCCAAGUCAAUCAAAUAUAAGUGAUUAUUUUUCAGACUUAAAUCCUACUUAAGCAAAAUAUUUUUAUUCAUGUCAGAACCACAGUCCGCGCUUUUAUUAAAAAAACAAUUAGCAGAAUUAAAUAAAAACCCAGUGGAAGGGUUUUCAGCAGGGCUCAUAGAUGAUAAUGAUAUUUAUAGAUGGGAAGUACUCAUUAUUGGACCUCCGGAUACAUUAUAUGAAGGAGGUUUUUUUAAAGCACACCUACAAUUCCCCAAAGAGUACCCACUGAGGCCACCUCGAAUGAAAUUCAUAACAGAAAUAUGGCAUCCCAACAUUGAAAAAAAUGGUGAUGUUUGUAUAUCAAUUCUACAUGAACCGGGAGAUGAUAAGUGGGGCUACGAAAAAGCAUCAGAACGAUGGUUGCCUGUACACACUGUUGAAACUAUUCUCAUUAGUGUCAUUAGUAUGCUAGCUGACCCUAAUGAUGAAAGUCCUGCCAACGUUGAUGCCGCCAAAGAGUGGAGGGAAAGUUAUUCAGAAUUUAAACGAAAAGUUGCAAAAUGCGUGAGAAAGAGUCAAGAGGAAUGUUUGUAGGGGUGAAAUAAAAUGUCCAAAAAAAAACCACAAAGACUUAUUCAAUUUUGGUAAGUUACCAAUUAUCAAAAUUGAUAAUGGUCAUUAUACUCAUCCAGCAUAUUUUUUACAAAGGAGAAACUGCAUACACUGUCUAUUGUCAACAAUAAAUCCACGGACAGCUGAAUCGACUAAAUUUUUGUAGCUGAACUAAAUAUUAAACUAAUUCAAAAUGAAUACAGUGUACUUGCAGUUGAAUAUGAUAAUUACUUUUUAAUUGCAAUGAAAAUAUUAAAAAAACCAUGCGGCAACAUAAUAUAAGAACCAAGUGAAUUUUAUUUGUUCUCGAAAAAUUACUUUCUCAUUAAGGCGACAGUUUUAUAUAAAAUAUUUAUAUCAUUCACUACGAAAACACUGGAUAAAACAUAAAUUGUUGUAAUUAAAAAAAACCAUUUAUAAAAAUUAAGGUAUUAUUUAAGUUUCCAGAAAAAUAAGUCAACAAAUCUACAUACUGUAAAAAUUAAUACUACGAUCUAUACAUUUAAUUUUAAUAGAUGUUGUAAACUCAAGGUCAUUUGCCUUAUAAUCUUUUUUGAGGCAAGUAUUAUCCCAUGGAUAAUUUUAAACAUUUUCUGAUAUUUUCGAUUCCCUUGUAACUCUCAAAAUCGAAGAACAAUAAAUCUUCAUGUUUAUCGAUCGUUACUAUAAUAA